AUGGGCUUCUACCCACGAUUUCUAAUCAACAGUAUUGGGGAGCAUUGGGAACCAACCUUCCAGCUGGUGCGAGGAGACGGCAACGUGGUCAUUCUGCCGGCGAACCUGAUCGAUGAACACUCGUCAUUACCCUACUCUGUGGCUAGCAACCAUGGAGCACUGGAGAAAGACCUUCUCGAUCCGUAUACGGGCCUCAAUAUUAUCCUUGAGAGCCGAAUGCAUCAUACUAUUAUCCAGAGGAAGCUGACGCCCCGUCUACCCCUGCUUACUCCGGCAUUACAAAACGAGUUGACGCUCGCCAUAGGGGAGUCCUUCCCCGUGUGUUCAGAGUGGACGGAGAUGGUGCCAUUCAAGGUCCUGGGACAGGUUGCAGCCCGACUAGCUGCGCGCGUUAUUGUAGGCCUGGUGUUUUGUCGCGACCCAAGAUGGCUGGAUAUCUCGGUGAACUAUACCGAAAGCUUAUUCAGGACGAUUGUUAUUCUUCGCAUGUUUCCCGACUGGACGCAUCCGGUUCUAAGUCGAUGCCUGCCCACCUUCUGGGCAGAAACCCGACAUUUGAGGCGAGCCGAAGAACUGCUCGGUCCAAAGAUUGAAGAGCUAAUCCUGAAAAACGAUGCUGGAGGAUGGACGCCGGAGAAGUCCGAGAGUCACUUCAACGUUCUGUGCUGGCUCGUCGAAGCGGCCAAGGGAGGGGACCGAAACCCCGAUACCCUCGCCCAUAUCGAGGUCCUGCUGGCUCCGGCUGCCGUCCACACGACACUCCUGCGCAUGGUCAAUGUGCUAUCCGACCUGACGGCCCAUUCAGACCUUCUUAUGGAGCUGGUUGACGAGUAG